AUGCGGUCAACAAGUGAUGACGUAGGUAGGCGAGAAUCCGCCAUCAACCUUACCAUUGAGAAAGAAAUGGCCUGGGCCCCAGAGCAGAAGGGAGAGCCCGAUUGGAGAGAUUCCAGAGCCACUACCGAUGGCCGAGGUCUAGGCCGAGGCCUAGGCUGGGGCCAAGAGAGGGGCCGUGCCCGUGGCAUGGAGUGGGGCCGUGGCCGAGGCCGUGGCCGUGCCCAGGAGUGGGGCCGUGCCCAGGAAUGGGGCCGUACCCGUGGCAUGGAGUGGGGCUAUGGCCAGGAGAGGGGCCGUGCCCAGGAACGGGGCCGUGCCCAGGAGCGGAGCCGUGCCCAGGAGCGAGGCUGGGGCCGGGGUUGGAGCAGCUCCCCCCACUACCAGGAGCCUAGCGCAUCUGGCCCUGGUCAACAACCUCUUUCCCUGAGUUUGAAGAGCAGUAUGAUUGGUGUGGUGAUUGGUCGUGGCGGAUCAAAAAUUAAUGACAUUCAGAAUAGAACCAAUACUAAAAUACAGAUCGUAAGAGGUGAUCCUAUAGCCGAGGUAAAGAUUUUUGGAAGCAGUGACAUGAAAAUAAAGGCCAAAGAGGCUAUAGAAGAUAUUGUUAAAAAGGUGGAGGGCCAAGAGUCGGCAUCCAGUGUCUAUGUGGCUGCAGCCCAGUCUACUGUUGGGAGCGAUGUCAGCAAAAGUGACACUGUGAAAAAAGUUAAGCCACUACUAGAUUGGGACAAAAUUAAAAUGGAAGUUGCUGACUGGGAGAAAAAAAAAUGGGCAGAUUUACCACCAAUUAAGAAAAACUUUUACAUAGAGUCUAAAGCAACUAGCUCAAUGUCUCAAGCGCAGGCAGACAUUUGGCGAAAAGAAAAUUUCAAUGUAAUGUGUGAUGACUUGAAAGAGGGUAAGAAACGUCCCAUGCCCAAUCCGACUUGUAAUUUUGAGGAUGCGUUCCAAAACUAUCCUGAACUUAUGCAAAACAUUAAAAAAGCAGGUUUUAAAAAGCCAACACCAAUUCAGGCACAGAUGUGGCCAAUUGUUUUACAAGGCAUGGAUCUUAUAGGAGUUGCACAAACAGGAACAGGGAAAACACUGUCCUAUUUAAUGCCUGGUUUUAUUCAUCUCAGUUUUCAACCAUUACCUAGAGAAGAAAGGAAUGGCCCUGGAAUGCUAGUUCUCACACCCACUAGAGAACUAGCUCUUCAAGUGGAAGCUGAAUGUUCUAAGUAUUCAUAUAAAGAUCUUAAAAGUGUUUGUGUGUAUGGUGGUGGCAAUAGAAAAAAGCAAAUAGAAGACAUUACUGGAGGUAUAGACAUUGUUAUUGCAACUCCUGGGCGACUGAAUGAUCUGCAAAUGAAUAACUUUGUCAACCUAAGAAGUAUAACCUACUUAGUCCUAGAUGAGGCAGAUAAAAUGCUGGAUCUGGGGUUUGAACAUCAGAUAAUGAAGAUUUUAUUGGAUGUGCGCCCUGACAGGCAGACUGUUAUGACAAGUGCAACAUGGCCUGAUAGUGUUCGUCGUCUAGCACAAUCUUAUUUGAAAGAGCCUAUGAUUGUUUAUGUUGGUACCCUGGAUCUAGUUGCUGUCAAUACUGUCCAGCAACAUGUAAUUGUCACCACAGAGGAAGAAAAACGAGCUCUUAUCCAAGAUUUCCUGCAGAACCUGUCACCUAAAGACAAAGUCAUCGUGUUUGUCAGCAGAAAACUUGUGGCUGAUGACUUGUCAAGUGACUUAAGCAUCCUAGGCAUACCUGUACAAUCCCUGCAUGGCGACAGAGAGCAGAGUGAUCGCGAGCGAGCACUAGAUGACUUCAGAAGAGGAAGAGUGAAAAUCCUGAUUGCUACUGACCUGGCAUCUCGAGGCAUUGAUGUGAACGAUAUCACACAUGUAUACAACUAUGAUUUCCCAAGGAAUGUUGAAGAAUAUGUGCACAGAGUUGGACGUACUGGAAGAGCCGGAAGAAGAGGAACAUCGAUUACCCUCAUGACUCAGAAUGAUGCCAAGAUCGCUGCUGAAUUGAUUAAUAUUCUUAAAAGAACAAAUCAGCCUGUCCCAAAAGAUCUGUCAGUGAUGUCAGAGCGAUAUCAGUUACAUAAACAAAAAAGGGACACAGGAACAUCACACAGAAAAUUUUAUUAG